CCUCCGCGCAGUGUGGAGAGACCAGUUCUACGGAACGCACGACCGCUGCGCGCUAUACGUAACUCUCACUCACUCGUGGUAUUAUUUUUCCCUUGUUUUAUUUAUUUAUUUUUUACGUACGAUGUCCUGGGCUGACGCAAUGUGGAUUUACACGCUUGUUUUGGGAUUGCUCGUCAUGUCCAUGUUUGCGGAGGGCAAGAGGAACGCCCUGCAGGACUACCAGAGGACGGACAGCCUCAAACUGGUCGUGUCCUCCCCUGACCCGUCCCACCUGACCCGGAGCAGGAGGGUCCCCAUGGCCAGGUGUGCUCGCGCCUGCAGCCGCAACAAGAGACUGCCUUUCUCCUGCAGAGCCUUUCUCUAUGACCAUAAAAACAGGAAGUGCCAGUGGUUAUCCUUUGACCGGAACUCUCCAGGAGUCCAGGCCGUGCAGAACUUCAACUUUGACCUGUACCAGAAGAAAGACUAUGUGCGGGAGUGCAUUGUGGGUACCGGACAGAGUUACCGGGGGCGACGAUCGGUGACUGUGGACGGGGUCAUGUGCCAGGCCUGGUCUUCACCCAUCCCACAUGAGCACAAGUUUAUGGCGAGAAGGUUCCGGAAGAAGGACCUGAGGGAGAACUACUGCAGGAACCCAGACAACUCAACUGUGGGGCCCUGGUGCUUCACCACUGACCCCCGGCCCCACAUGAGGCACCAGCAGUGUGGCAUCCCCCAGUGCUCUCAGGUGGAGUGUAUGACCUGCAAUGGGGAGGACUACAGAGGACCCAUGGACCACACAGAGACUGGGAAGGAGUGUCAGCGCUGGGACCUGGAGGAGCCCCACAAGCACCUGUACCAUCCUAAAUGGUAUCCAGACCGAGGCCUGGAUGAUAACUACUGCAGGAACCCGGACGGGCGUCAGAGGCCCUGGUGCUUCACCACAGACCCCCAGACACCGUGGGAGUACUGCCACAUCAGAGCCUGUGACACUCCCCCUAAGCACACAGUGGAGGAGACUACAGAGUGUACCCAGGGCCGAGGAGAGGGCUACAGGGGCACAGUGGACACGACCCCCACUGGACUGACCUGCCAGCGCUGGGACAGACAGUACCCACACAACCACUCGUUCAUCCCAGAGGCCUACCCCUGCAAAGACCUGAAGGAGAACUACUGCAGGAACCCAGAUGGCCGAGAGUCUCCCUGGUGUUUCACCACAGACCCACGGGUGCGCAUGAUGCUGUGCACCCACAUCCCUCAGUGUGGAGCCCACAACAAGCCCCUCAAAGACUGCUACGAAGGGUUUGGAGAGAAUUACCAAGGAGACCUGUCCCGAACACGCUCCAACCUGCCCUGCACCCCCUGGAGGGAGCACGCCAACAGUGGCGAGAGGGGGAUGCAGGUGCCAGGUUUGGAGGGCAGCUCUUGCCGAAACCCAGAUAAGGACAAGCACGGGCCCUGGUGUUAUACAAACAACUCAGCCAUACCAUGGGACUACUGCAAUAUAAAGCAAUGUGAGAUUCCACAGAACACCCUUCCACUGGGGGAGCUGUCGUCCGUGGGCUGCUUCAUCCACAAGAAGCCCAGGAUUGUGGGAGGCAGUCUGGUCAGCAUCACCGACGGCAUCUGGAUGGUCAGCAUACAGAAAGGGUCCAUGCACUGGUGUGGAGGCUCUCUAAUUCGAGAAGAAUGGGUCCUGACUGACCAGCAGUGCUUUUCCUCGUGUGUUCCAGACCUGAGCGAGUACAGGGUGUGGCUGGGCAUCUCCAGUGUAGAAGAGGGAGCUCCUGAUUGGGCGAGAGGACAGGAGGUCAGCAUCGCUCAUGUGAUCUGUGGGCCCGAAGGAUCCAGCCUGGCUCUUCUACGCCUCUCGAAACCCGCCCUCCCCACUGAAAAUGUCCACACCAUCCAGCUGCCUGUGGCCGGCUGCUCCAUCCCAGAGGGCACCACGUGUAGGAUGUACGGCUGGGGAGAGACCAAAAACACGGGUCAUGACGAGAUGCUUAAGGCGGUUAACCUCCCCAUCGUGAGCAACGAGAGGUGUGAGAAUCUGCACAAGGGAAACCUGCGAAUCAGCAACAACAAGAUCUGUGCAGGAGGGAGAAAGAACGAAGGGGUCUGUGAGCGGGACUACGGCGGGCCCCUGGUGUGUCAGGAUGGGGACAUCCGGGUGAUCGUGGGCGUGAGCGUGCACGGACGAGGCUGUGCACGCACCAACCAGCCCGCCGUCUUCAUCAACGUGCCCUACUACACACAGUGGAUCUACAAGGUCUUCAAGCACUACCCCAACCCGGACAUGAUGUAGUCCCGGGCCCCAACCCAGAUCUGGUGUAGUUCGGUGAGGACCCAAAGAACCGGACUGGACUACUGUAAAGACUCUGCUGCUCUGGUGGUGCUCCGGAUCCUGCCGUGGUAAACAUGCAAUGAGAAGAGAGAUUUAUGAAUGUACUGUCAAUGGAAGUUCAAGACAAAAGAAUUCUGCUUAAACACACGUCUGUUCACAUGUUCACAAAUGAAGUUCAAAAUUGUUAAGACUGUAAAUAUAAAAGACAUGAGCGUGCUUAUAUUUAUAUCUUCAACUCAGCGGCUGCAGAUAAUGGUGCCUUUCACUACUUAAAGUAAAAUACAGUGUCCUCUAUUGGUAUUUUGUCUAGGGUCAUAUUUAAGGCGAUGUAGGAAUUCUUGAGUUGUAGAGACCAUUUUUUGCCUUUAGUUAUUGCACUCUAUAAGGACGGGAUAGUUUUGUCUCUCGUCUAUUGAGUGCAUAAUUAAAUUUAAUUCUAAAUAUAUACAAAAUCUUAAGUCAAACACCUUGAAGGUCGCCUGCCAUACACUCAAUUAACCUCAUGCAGAUCUCUGGCUGUGUCUGGAUGUCCACACUGUCCCCUGCUUAAGGCACUAUUUAGGGGUCACGCAAUUUUUAGUGGUGUCCGAAAGUCCGGUGAGUGGAAAAAGUUGUGAACUCAAACUUUCCCACAAAGCAUCUUGAAAUGUAGUGUCCAGUAGGCCUUAUUGCUGAAGUAAAUUUAGACGAUAAAUGAUAAUGACAAGAGAUGAUAAGAGUAGAUUAAAACAACAAAAAAUAUUCUAAAUGUAAAGUUUUGUUUUAAAAAAAUCAAGAGCUGCAAUAAAUAAACAGCAGAAUGAAACUUUUUCCUACUUAGUUUGCAUCUGUAAUGAACCACAGAAGUUAUUAAUUAAAUGUUCUGCAGCUUAAUUUAUAUUUGUAUAGCCAAAAGCCAAAAAAUAACCAAAAAUUUCCCAUUUGUGUAUAAAUAUUGACCCCCAAAAUAUUGUUCCAGCUUUUAUAUUCAACGAAAAGUCGAUAUAGUAAUCAUUGUGACAGGCCUAGUGUCCAGAGCUGGUCACGAAGCUGGUCAAUAUAGACCACAAUGCAUUGCUACAAUAAAAAGCAAUAGGUAUUUGACUGGACAAAACCUAUGAAAGCAGAUAGAAGCGCUGGUUUAUCACGUGGUUGGUCCCUGAUUAUGAAUACAACAUUAUUAAAGGUUCAUUGCUCAACUUUCCUGGUGGAGAGUCUGUCACCCGUUUGUCUUAAUGGAGAUGUUAUUGCUUCUACUGGCUACAUUAUAGGUCAAAUCUGUGGAGAUACAACCGUAUUCACAGAGAUAAUUUCUGUAUUUAUCAGCAAUAGGACGGAUCUGUUUAAUGUCAUACCAUGGAACAUUCCUCGAAAAGCAAUAACAUCUCCAUUGAGACAAGCAGGUGACGGACCCUCCACCAGAAAAGUUACACAAUGCACCUUUAAAUAAACUUUUUCUGUAUAAAGUUGUAGCUGCUUUCCUUAGCUUGAGCUGUCAAAAGAUUGAUAACUUCUCUAUUUUAGACAAAAAGUUGAACAAUGAGUCUGUUUACCUAAGAUCUAGCUUUGAAAAAUGUAUUAGUUCAUAAAUAAUCGUGUGCCAGUCGGAUUUUAGCAUUAUUUAUUACAGAAAUCCAGAGACUUUUUUCACCCAGACACCAGAGUCACGUGACCUGACUGUAGAGAGCUGAGCGUCUGAAUCUCUUUGUGAAUCAGUGCACUGUAUAGUCCGCUAAAGCGUGCAGGCCUAUGCAGUGAGGGGCAAGGUGGCUUAGGGGGGACAUUCAGACAAAGCCGUGGAAGCCCCGAUCAUCACACUUUUGGGGGAGUCAAAAUGGAAUGUUCAUUUAUCUUUAAAAUAAAUACCAACCUCUUUCUUUUUAUGUACAAAAUUUACCAAUGGUUUCAAUAUUAAAUUAAUAGAAGGCACUGUAUUUCAUAUCCAAGUCACUUCCAUUCACCACGCACUUUUAUCUUUUUUCUUUUAUAAUGCUGUUUCCUCAUCAAAAACAUCCCUGGAGUUUUGUUUAGUUUCAUUCGCACACAUUUAACACAUAAAUCCUUCAUAUUUAGGCUGAUAUUAGGCUGACAGAAAACACUCUCUUCCAUCUUGUGACAUCAUGUGGCAAAACAGGAAGUGAUCCACUGUGUUUUCACCUUAACUAUAGUCAUUUAGAUAAUUUCCACCCUGGAAUUGCCAAUCUCUACAGAACUAAAGGUAAAAAGUAGCUGUUAACAUGAAAACUACCGCUACAUGACAUCUCAAGGUGGAUUGUAGCUUUGGAGAUACAUGCGUGAACAAAACAAAACACAACUCCAGGUAUGUUUUGGUGAAGUAACAACAUUCUAACACAACUUAAAGCUCACAAGAGUCAAUUUUGUGUAAUGUAGGACCUUUAGCUCAGCAGCAAAUCAGUCAUAGUUGAACACGGUUUUGCUUCCUGGCGUUACUUGAAUCACAGAUAGACCAAAGACGUAGACCCGUGCAUGGACAGGGCGCAUAGACUGAGAGCAUCCACCGGGGGGGCGCUGCUAAGGACACUGGGCCGAGCUCGCGUGAAGUGCUCCUUAUGUACAUAGUAUUUUAAUGAGUGCGUUUCUGACACUCGCCUAUACAUUUGGGUCUUAUAGAUCUAUGAGCAGAAUGUUUGAAGGGUAACUUAUGUACAGUUUUGUCAUGUAAACAUUUCAUCAUUUCAUUAUGGUAAAGUUUUCUGUUUUGACCAAUAGCCAACCACUGAAAUGUCAGAUUAAAGGUGCAUUGUGUAACUUUUCUGAUGCAGGUUGUCUCCAUGCAGAGGUGGGUACUACUCACUUACAUUUACUUAUUUACUUGGAUAUGUUUUUAAAGAGGGGGUAUUACACUUUUAUUGUUUUGAAAAUGCUAUAUUCGUUGGAAACAAUGUAUUGACUUUCUGCCUUUACUCCCCGUGCAAAGUCACUCCCCCUUCAGAGCGCUAUCACAACCCAAUCAGUGUGCAUCUCUCUUAUGAAACUACUGCACAUCGCAUCAGCUUUGUCAAGUAGAUGUGUACAGUUUUUGUAUGUUCAUGGAGUAUUUUUGUGGGAGCAUGGGUGAUGUAGGCUUGUUGGCUGAGAAUUGGACAGAACCGGAAGGAGGGUUUGAAUAGGACUUGGGAGAGAUCACUUAAUUGCUCAAAGAUGCAUGGAUACAUCUAAAACCUCUUCAGGCUGCGUGGUUUUGAACGUCAUAACAUUUUAGAAAGGUCAAAAGAAUCAAUACCCCCUCUUUAAAAACAUUGUAGUUGGCUAGUGUUUUUCUAGCAGCAUACUUUUACUUCUACUUGAGUAAUAUUUUUAUUGAAGAAACAGUACUCUUACUUGAGAUUUGGUGACUUUCCUCACUGUGAGUAAGUCUAAAAGUGAUAAAAGUUUGAUGUUGUUGUUACUCUUACUUGAGUAAUUUUUGGCUACUCUAUCCACCUCUUUCUCCAUGAUGUUAUCACUUUGCCUGGAAUGUUCCACAGUAUGGCAUUAAACAUAUCUGUCUUGCGUUUAUUCAAUUAUAGGUGUCUUUAAUUUGUUAAUUUAAAAAAAUAUAUUUGUAUUAAAUUGAAAAACAUGCAGUGAAUGGGCUCGCCUUUUCACAGAUCAGAGAAGUAACUUAGUCUGGUAACGCCACCUGCUUAACUGCCGGGAGAUAGAUUAAAUAGUUAAAUAGUAGAACAUUCCAGGCAAAGCAAUAACAUCACUAUGGAGACCAACUUAGCAAGAAAAGGUACAUAGUGUUGCUUUAAUGAGAAUGAAAAUUUUUAAAAAUCAAUGAAUUUGGAUCUCCAUGAGUCCAAAAAAGGAUCAUAUUUAAGUUUUAUCUUGAGAAACAAAUGAGCUAGUACUAGUACUAUUUGCAUGUAAGAUAACUAAAACCAAAUUUGAAAAGAAAAACAAAUUUAAAGCGACAGUAUGGAACUGUUUGGGCAUUUCUAAAAAUAGUUUGUGUUUAUUGCACUGAAAAGCUUCAAUCCUUGCAGUGAGCGGCUUGCAUCUCCACAAACCUGACUCUUAUUCAGCCUGGAAGAGGGCUUGCCCUUGUUUGUUUUCAUGGAAAUGUUGUUCCUAUAACUAUAAUAUUCCACAGUAUGGCAUAAAAUAUUUCCCCAUGGAGAAUCUUUCAAAAUAUGGUUAUAACUGUAAUCUAUUUCCAAUGAAUCACACAGUUUGCAGCUGGCCUCCUCCAGAAAGUCACAUACUGUGCCUUUCAAGUUCAUAAUAAAACAUAUAAUAAAUAGGGAUGGUUUUAGUGUCAACAUUUGGAUUGAAUAAAAAGGGUCCCAUAGUUCCAAAAAACAGCACUAGAAUGGAAUAAAAAAACAUUAAACUAAAUAAAUCCAAAAGUAUGAGGCCAAAAUUGGAAACUAAAAUGUAUAUAUUAAGAAUUAUGUUUAAAUCUCACACUGCGUUCUAUCUUUCGUCCCAUCCAUAGUAAUAAAUCUUGGCGUUCCAACUCAAAAUAUGGGCUCACAAAAGUAAUCAAAAAUCUGUAUUAAUACAGAAAAUGGUGACUUAUUCUCAAGAUAGAACUUAUUCACAAGCAGGUCUGUUUUCUCCAUAACAAUAAUAUGCUUUAUAUAAUGUUUCAUGUAUGUAUUUGUAUAUUAGCAUCACAUACGCUGUCACAAUAUUGUUAAUAAAGUACAAUUUGUCUGAAUGAUCCUUUUUAAGUCAAGUGAAAGCACUGAAGAGGCUUAAGCUGCUAUGUUUGAUGAACCUGUACAAUGUUGUAUGUAUAUGACUGUAUAUGUCCUAUAGGAGUAUAUUACCCACGUUA